AUGGCAAACACGUCUUCCACGUCGCGGGAUUAUACGAAGCCAGCCAUCGACCAACGAAUUACCGAAUUACUGAAGAGGAGAAUCGGCGCACGGGAAGAUUUGCCUACGGAAACUACGAAAGAGCGACUUGCGAAAUUCAAGGAAAAUCGUUACGUUAGAGAAGGAUUAUUAACGAUCACCCAUCGACACGUUUUAGAGACAACGGCGUAUAUCUUGAAUGCAAACGUUGAGACGCUGGAGGAAGGAAUCCUUGAUAAGGAUGAAUACGUGAAUAUAUUCAGUAGUUUUUUUGCUGAAGGCGGAAGACAAGCGAUCAUUAUAUAUUUACAGCCGAUGAGUCCACCAGUAUUUGAAUCCGGACGAUGGACGCCGCAACUUAGCGGGGAGCAAGAAGUUAUACGUUGUUGCAUAACGGAUGGUACUACCGAAGAGUUCACGGGCAAAUGUGUAAUAGUUUAUCGAUUAAAGUCAAAUCUCGAGUUCGGAGUCAAGCAGCUACUCGAUGAAGCAUAUUACGCGUAUGCCGAAGUAGAUCCUACGUCAAAGAGCGCGUUGGCGGGUGUAUCUGACUUGAUCUCGCGUUUACACGUGCGAACAUUGACCGCCAACACGCAGUGGGGAGAACUGACGAAGAGUGAGGCCGGAGAAAAGAUGAGGGACAAUUUCAUAGGCGAUUUUAAAGAUUUCUGUGAAUUUCUUAGCAUGACGAAGAUAGAUUUAGAGAAUAUCAUGCGCUUUCGAGUUAAUUUGGAUCUGUAUCAGAAAUAUUUGAUGAAACCCGAAAAUAUGACAGAAAGCAUUCACAAUCCGGAUGUUGUUAGAGCCGCGGAAACUGACAUUCAAAUGUGGAUGAAAACGAUGGAACGAGCUAUUGUUGAGAGUCAACAAUUGCGCAGGGAAACCGAGACCGUAGGGCCGUCCGCCGAACUUGCGUAUUGGCGAAGAUUACUCGCUCGCUUCUCAUCGAUAAUGAGCCACAUUAAGUCACCUCAUACUCAGUCAUUCAUACGAUUCCUAACGAAGGCGAGAUCCAAACUUAUUAAGAAAUGGAAGAAAUUGGAAGAACACGUUACGCUGGUGCAUAUUCUAUCGCAAGACAACGUGAAGUACCUGUACGCGUUGGAAACAUUUACGCAACCAUUAUACAGAUUGGAUCCGACAAAAAUGGGAGAUUAUUUACCCGCGCUUAUGUAUGCCAUAAGAAUGAUUUAUGCUACAUCACGAUUUUUCAACACGAGAAGGAUGGUAACUGCUAUCUAUGUCAAGAUAACAAAUCAGAUGAUAUUAGCAUGUAAAGCGUAUCUGACGGAAGAUGGAAAAUUAAGUAUUUGGAACGAAUCGAAAUAUACUAUGAUAUCUAAGAUAAAGGAUUGCAUCAAGCUAUGUGAGACAUAUCACGACUGUUAUGACGAUAUGUGCAGGAAGGUCGAGGAAUCUUCGGACGAGAAGACAUUCGAGUUAUCCGAAAUGUAUAUCAUGGACAUCCUCGAAGCAGCGCGAAUGUAUUCAAUUCUGCACAGUUCCACGAUAGAAGGAAUCGACACGUAUGCACAAAAGUACACGAAUCAUUUCAAGAAGAUCUCAUCGCAGAAGUACGAUCCGUUGAAUCACAGAAAACCACACUUCGACGUCGAUUACGACGAGUACAAAAAGAGCGUCGCGGAAACUGAUGUGGAGCUUAGAACGUUUUUCUACAAUUGCGUUUCUUUUGUGCCGACUAUUUUGCAAGCUUUAGAACUGAUAGCCAGAUUCGAGAAAUUAAAUCUGAAGCAACUGAAGAUCGACCGGAAGUACCUGGAACUCGUCGCGUUGUACCAACAAGAAAUCGAAGGAGUUCGCGACAGAUACAAUGAGGAUCGAUCCGAUCCACCCGUGCCGAGGAGCAUUCCGUCGAUCGCUGGUAGAAUCUUGUGGAUUCGGCAGUUGUACAAACGCAUCGAGAUCCCGAUGAAUAUGUUCAGAUUGCACAAGAGAGUGAUCAAGAAGGAGCUUAUGCAGAAGUGCAUCAAAACGUAUAACGCGCUCGUCUCUGUAUUCAUUCAUUACGAAUUGAUAUAUCAUAAAGCGUGGUACGAUUCGGCCGAUAUUGUUCGCUUGGCGCUAUCAUCCCCUCUAAUCGUGCGCCACCCGAAGACAAACAAAUACAUUUUGAAUUUCGAUUCCUACAUAUACGAAGUGAUACGAGAGUCGGAACACAUGUCCAAGUUAGGACUGGAAGUGCCAGAUUUUGUACAAAUCCUGAUCUUUUGCAAGGAGAAGAUAUUCUCGUCCUAUGAAACGGUGAUGGAAUUACUCAGGGAGAACGAUGCUCUCAGAAAAUCCAUCCCGAUAUUAUUCCUGAAAUUAAUGAAGAUCACAUUGGGCGCUCUCGAGAUGGUUUUCCAACCCUGCUUGUCGGUGAUCACAUGGUCCUCGUUGAAAAUCUCUGAAGCAUGCGCCGAUAUAAGAAAGGCGAUAGACGAUGUGAAGAUAUUCAUCAAGGAAGUGCGAGAUAUGAAGGAGGCGCAGGUGGACGAAGUGCUCGAAUGCAUCGCGAAAACGACGAUGCUGCAGUUAGAUAACUACCCGAAAAAUCCAGAACAAUUCUUGGCCGAUAACUUGGCUUUCAGGGAUAAGAUCGCGACCGAGCUGGAAAUCAAGUCCGCUGCAGCGGAAAGGGCUUCCAUCAUGAUUAUCAACAAGUUCAUGGAACGCGUGACUGAUCCCACCGUGCAAGACGUCAAGUACAAUUGGAUGGAUCCCGAGAAAGUGCACAAGCAAGUGGAAAUCAAAUUAAUCGACGAAUCGUUCGAACCAGGCUUCGGUCCUGUUGAAAGAACGAGCAUCGUGAGAAUAAAUCAAGUGCAUCACGAUUGCAUGGAACUGUUCGCAUAUUUCAAUAACAAAUUGGCCGAGGCUUUAGUGAAGUGCACUAAAACUGCUCUGGAUUUAUUGAGGACGAAGGCGGAAUAUGUAGGCCCGGUGCUGGAAGAUACUUCGACAGAAGAGCGAGAGACCCCGAUCUUGGUGACGAACUUUGUUCUACAAAUACCGAAUAUCGUGAUCACUCCGUCGAUAGAAGAAUUACAGCACCAUUUCGGUAAAGUUGUAGCGAGUGUUAUGGAGACGCACAAGAAAGUAGUUUUAUGGGGCGAACGAUAUUCUUCAACAAACAUGCAACCGGAACUUUUUAUAGAUAAGUUGAAAUUAGCGUUCUAUGUUGAAGCAAGUGCAUGGAAGAAAUCAUUGGGCGUCAUUUUGUCAAACAAAUACAAGGAGAAGUUACGUAACAUAACAGAUUAUAUUCAAGAGAAAAAUAAUAUUCUGUCUAGGAAUAUUAAAGAUUUAGAGGAUGUCAGGGUUGCAAUGAAAUGCUUGGGAGAGAUACGGAAUGACUUUAUACCAUUAGACAUGGAACUAAUUCUAAUCGAAGAGGCUUAUAUAUUGAUGGGAAAAUUUAACGUCGAUAUAUCAAAGGAGGAACAAGAGAUAGUGGAUGGGCUGAGAUAUAACUUCAACAACAUGCUCCAAACGGCAAAAGUAGUUCAAGCAGUUAUAUGUGAAAUGCAAGAGCCAUUAAGAAAGGAACUUGUCGAAGGGGUUGCAAUUCUCCAAAAGAACGUAAUCGAGUUUGACAUCGAUUUCGAGCUCAAUGGCCCGAUGGUCGAAGGGAUACCUGCGAAAGAAGCCAGUGAACGGCUUAUCCUGUUCCAAAUACGUUUUCAAGAGUUGUGGGAAAGGUACGAAACUUACAGCAGCGGCGAGAGCUUAUUCGGCAUGGAGGUGACGGAGUACCUACCUCUCGAACAGAGAAAGAAAGAGAUUAAUUUAUUGCAAAAGUUGUACACUUUAUAUUUGCAAGUUAUGCGCACUAUCGAUAGUUACUACGAUAUUCCGUGGACCGAACUUGAUAUAGAGUCAAUCGUGACCGAGUUGGCCGAGUUCCAAAACAAAUGCCGAAGAUUACCCAAAGCCAUGAGAGAUUGGCCGGCGUAUAUCGAUCUAAAGAAGAAGAUCGACGAUUUUAACGAUAUGUGCCCGUUAUUGGAGAUGAUGGCGAACAAAGCGAUGAAAGAGAGACAUUGGGAAAGAAUGUCGGCGCUGUGUAAAUAUUUCUUCGACGUGGAAUCCGUAACUUUUACCUUGGCGCACAUUAUGCAAGCGCCUCUGUUGAAGUAUAAAGAUGACGUCGAGGACAUAUGUAUAAGCGCGGUGAAGGAACAAGACAUCGAGACCAGGCUGAGGCAGAUAAUUGCAGAUUGGGCGAUUGUAAAUCUGCAAUUUGCCAGCUUCAAGCAGAGAGGCGAACUACUGCUGAAGGGUGUCGAGACGGCUGAGAUAAUAGCGCAACUCGAAGACAGUUUAAUGAUCAUAAGUUCUCUGCUGGCGAAUCGUUACAAUGCGCCGUUCAAGAAAGAAAUUCAGUUGUGGCAGGCUAAGCUCAGCAACACGUCCGAAAUAUUGGCGAAAUGGUUGACCGUUCAGAAUCUGUGGGCUUACUUGGAAGCGGUGUUUAUCGGCGGUGACAUAUCAAAGCAGUUGCCUACCGAAGCAAAACGCUUCAACACCAUCGAUAAGGCUUGGGUCAAACUCAUGCUUCGCGCCCAUGAGAAAUUGAACGCUGUGGAGACGUGUACCGAGGAUGAAACCAUGAGCCAAUUUUUACCUCAUUUGCUGGAGCAAUUAGAGUCGUGCCAGAAAUCUCUCAGCGGUUAUCUGGAAACCAAGCGCGCUAUUUUCCCAAGAUUCUGUUUCAUAUCGGAUCCCACAUUGCUAGAGAUACUCGGCCAAGCGGCCGAUUGCCACACUAUACAGAAUUAUCUAGAUGGAUUUUUCGACAAUAUAGCAAAGCUGAGCUUCUCCGAGAAGGAAUAUGAAAAAAUUCAAGCGAUGCAUUCACGAGAAGAUGAGAAAAUAGUAUUAGAGAAAGAAGUCGUGUGUACAGGGGGUGUGGAGAAUUGGUUGAACACUUUGUUAACAGUCCAUCAGCAGUCCGUCGGUGUUGAAAUUUCAUUGGGAUUACAAUCGUUUCAUACGGCCGAAUUUGACAUCCUAUCGUUAAUAGAGAAUUCCGUUUUCCAAGUCGGCUUAUUAGCGUUGCAGAUUUUAUGGACGCGCGGUUCCGAAAUAGCGAUAACGACAGCCAAACGCGACAGAACGAUAAUGAAACGGACUAAUCAGUGGUUUCUAGACUUGCUCAACAGUCUCAUAGAAGCAACCGUCAAAGAUCUUACGAAAUAUGCCAGAGUGAAGUACGAAGCUUUGAUAACGAUACAUGUGCACCAGAGAGACAUAUUCGACGAAUUAUGUCGUCUGAGAAUACGAAGUAUACACGACUUCGAAUGGUUAAAACAGUGUCGGUUUUACUUCGAUGACGACACCGAGGAAGUCUCAGUCAGGAUAACCGACGUGGAAUUCGUUUAUCAAAAUGAAUUUCUAGGCUGUACAGAUCGUCUCGCGAUUACACCGCUCACUGACAGAUGUUACAUAACUCUUGCGCAGGCUGUAGGAAUGAAUUUUGGCGGAGCUCCAGCAGGCCCCGCAGGUACGGGUAAAACGGAGACAACAAAAGACAUGGGGAAAGCGUUGGGCAAAUACGUGGUUGUUUUUAAUUGCUCCGAUCAAAUGGAUUUCCGAGGUUUAGGCAGGAUAUUUAAAGGUCUUGCGCAAUCCGGCUCUUGGGGAUGCUUUGACGAAUUUAAUCGAAUCGAUCUGCCGGUAUUGUCCGUUGCCGCGCAACAAAUAGCGAUUGUGCUUAACGCGCGAAAAGAACGAAAAUUGAACUUCUUGUUCAGCGACGGCGAAAUGCAUAAGCUCAAUUACGAAUUUGGAAUAUUUAUUACAAUGAAUCCCGGAUACGCCGGUAGGCAAGAAUUGCCGGAAAAUUUGAAAAUACAAUUCAGAAGUGUUGCUAUGAUGGUUCCUGACAGACAAAUCAUAAUGCGAGUAAAACUCGCGGCGUGCGGCUUCAAAGAGAACGUGGUAUUAGCACGGAAAUUUUUCAUUUUGUACAAAUUAUGCGAAGAGCAACUUAGCAAACAAGUGCAUUAUGAUUUUGGGUUGAGAAAUAUUUUAUCGUGUCUGCGAACACUCGGCGCUCAAAAGCGGGCGAAUCCUACCGAUUCCGAAGAAACGACGCUCAUGAGAGUGUUACGAGACAUGAACCUGUCCAAGUUAGUGGACGAAGACGAGCCGCUAUUCAUGUCGCUUAUCGAAGACAUAUCCCCAGGAAUAAAGUUAAUGACUCAGACGUACAAAGAAUUGCAGAAAGGAAUAGCUAAUGCUGCGGCUGCCCUCGGAAUAAUGAAUCAUAGCGAAUGGAACUUGAAAACUGUACAGUUGUACGAGACGUCACUCGUUCGACACGGUCUGAUGGUUCUCGGGCCAACGGGAUCCGGUAAGACGCGAUGCAUGUGGGCGUUAAUGAGAGCUCUGACAGAGAUAGGUAUACCGCAUAAAGAAAUUCGACUGAAUCCAAAAGCAAUAACCGCGUCCCAAAUGUUCGGGAGACUCGAUGUCGCAACGAACGAUUGGACCGACGGUAUAUUCUCCAUUAUAUGGCGCAGAUCGACGCAAACGAAGAAGACGGAAAAUCUGUGGAUGGUUUUAGACGGCCCGGUCGACGCGGUAUGGAUCGAGAAUCUGAAUUCGGUUCUGGACGAUAAUAAAACGUUAACGUUGGCGAACGGAGAUCGCAUAAUAAUGGCGCCGAAUACCAAGCUGGUGUUUGAGCCUGACAAUGUGGACAAUGCGUCACCGGCGACGGUAUCGCGUAUGGGGAUGGUCUUUGUCAGUGCUUCCGUGUUAAAAUGGAGUUCAAUUUUAGAGGGUUGGCUCAAAAAAUGCUCCCUCCACGAGGCUGAUAUAUUACGGACAUUAUUCCACAAAAUAUACGGGGAUGCACACACGUUUGUUCAAACAAAGCUCCAGGCAAAAAUGACGCUUUUAGAAGCGCUCUAUAUACGGCAAUGCAUCGAUCUAUUGGAAGGUUUGAAUGUCGGGAAUUCCGAUCCGACCAAAAUAUUGCCAGAGCAUCGUAUCGAGAAGCUUUUUCUAUUUUCUCUCAUUUGGAGCUUGGGCGCGGUAUUGGAGCUCGACGCGCGGCUCGCGUUGCAAGAAUUUCUUGUAAAUCACGAAUCAAAUUGUAACUGGCCCAAGUAUACGGAAGAUGAAACUAUUUUCGAGUAUCUUGUGUCUGACGACGGGAGGUGGAUACAUUGGAACGAAAUGGUGCCAAAAUUCGAAUACCCCUCGGAUCGCGUCUUAGAAUACCACACUAUUCUCGUUCCUAAUGUCGAUAAUACGAGAACUUUAUUUUUAACUGACAUUAUAGCGAAACAAGGAAAAGCGGUACUUUUGAUAGGAGAACAGGGUACAGCGAAAACCGUAAUGGUAAAAAGCUACAUGUCCAAGCACGACCCCGAAUAUCACUUGAACAAGUCAUUCAACUUUUCUUCAGCAUCCACGCCCAGCAUGGUUCAGCGUGUAUUCGAGAGCUACGUGGAAAAGCGAGUGGGCACCACUUACGGACCUCCUGGUGGUCGAAAGAUGACCAUUUUCAUCGACGACAUAAAUAUGCCGACUAUAAAUGAGUGGGGCGAUCAGAUUACGAACGAAGUCGUGCGUCAGCUGAUGGAAUACGGGGGGUUUUACUCGCUGGACAAACCGGGUGACUUCAGCACCAUGCAAGACAUCAUGUUCCUCGCGGCGAUGAUUCAUCCGGGUGGAGGCCGGAACGAUAUUCCGGCGCGAUUGAAACGGCAGUUCAAUAUCUUUAAUUGUACACUGCCGUCCAAUAAGUCGAUGGAUACGAUUUUCAGUGCCAUCGGCCGAGGUUACUUUUGCAUUGAGAGAUUUUCCGAGAAUAUCGUCGAUUUCUUACCAAAGCUCAUACCACUGACUCGAUUACUGUGGCAGCAAACCAAAGUGAAAAUGCUGCCGACUCCGGCCAAGUUUCAUUACGUUUUCAACUUGCGCGACUUGUCGCGCAUUUGGGAGGGGAUGCUCUUGAUAGAGAGAGCCGAAUGCGAAUCCAUAACGACCCUGCUGAAACUGUGGGAACACGAGUGCACGCGUGUCAUAGCGGAUCGCUUUAUCGCUGCCACCGAAAAAGAGUGGUUUCAAAAUUCGUUAAGGCGCGCCGCGGAGAUGAUACUGGGCCCAGACUUCGUACAUUAUUCUCCGAUCGAGACAUACUUCGUCAACUUUCUGCGCGAACCACCGGAACCGACGGGUGAUGAGCCCGAAGAUUUCGUAUUCGAGGCACCGAAGAUUUAUGAGGAGAUGCCGAGUUACGAGAUCGUUAUUGCCAAAGUCCAGCAAAAUAUGGAGCAGUUUAAUGAAUACAUACGCGGCAUGAGUCUCGAUCUGGUCUUUUUCCACGACGCUCUGGUACACUUGAUACGAAUAUCGAGAAUACUUGGAGUUCCCAGAGGCAAUGCGAUGCUCGUGGGAGUGGGCGGGUCGGGCAAGCAGAGUCUGACGCGACUGGCAUCCUUUAUCGCGGGCUUUAACUUCUUCCAGAUAACGUUAUCUAGGAUUUAUAAUGUAGCGAGUUUGAUGGAUGAUUUACGAAAAUUGUAUCGCACGGCCGGUACGGGAAGUAAAGGUCUCACUUUCAUUUUCACCGACAACGAGAUAAAGGAAGAAGCAUUUUUGGAAUAUAUUAACAACGUACUCAGCGUCGGUGAAGUGGCCAAUCUCUUCCCGAAGGACGAAUUAGACGACAUUCUAACGAUCGUCACGCCGCUAAUGAAAAAAGACGAUCCUCGGCGUCCUCCGACACAGGACAAUCUUUAUGAUUAUUUCAUAUCGCGAGCGCGAGAUAACUUGCACAUAAUUCUGUGCUUUUCGCCAGUCGGUGGAAAGUUUCGAUCCCGAGCAUUAAAAUUCCCCGGUCUCAUAUCUGGUUGCACACUGAAUUGGUUCUCACGAUGGCCUAGGGAUGCAUUAUACGCGGUCGGUGAACAUUUCUUAGAAAAAUACAAAAUUAUAUGCAGCCUAGAAGUGAAAGAGCAAUUAAUGCAAGUUGUGGGCGAUAUUCAAGAUGACGUAAACGAUACUUGUAUAGAAUAUUUCGAUAGGUUUCGGCGUCAAGUGUACGUGACUCCAAAAUCGUUCCUAACGUUCAUCAGCAGUUAUAAAACAUUUUACAAGCAACAUUUGGAUAACAUUAAUACACUUUCAACUCGCAUGAGCAACGGUUUAAACAAAUUGACCGACGCUGCGGCUCAAGUCGAUUUGCUGCGAAAGGAGUUAGAGAGAACUCAAGAGGAGAUCGCUUUGAAGAAUAUUCGAGUAGAAGCGAUUUUAGGCGACGUUGACGUGAAAAAAAGAGACGCUGAGAGCGUGAAAGCGAAGGUGCAAAUGUCGAAAGACGAAGCAGAAGCGAUUCUGAAAGUGAUAGCGAAAGAAAAAGCGGUAGCAGAGCAAAAGCUGAAAGCCGCCGAGCCUGCCCUGUUAGAAGCCGAAGCAGCGUUACAAACUAUCAAAGCAGUGGAUAUCGCCACUGUUCGCAAAUUGAGUAAACCGCCGUAUUUAAUUAUGCUCAUAAUGGAUUGUGUUCUGAUCCUAUUCGGAAAGAAGCUGGAACCGGUCAAGCCCGAUUACGAGCAUCAGUUCUUGACGCCCUCGUGGUCGGAAGCGCUGAAGGUCAUGGCUGAUACUAGAUUUUUACAUAAUUUACAAUAUUUUCCAAAGGACAACAUUAAUGCUGAAACUGUCGACUUGAUGUUACCGUACUUAAAUUUUCACAUGUACACUUAUGAAGCUGCGAAACAAGCUUGCGGGAACGUGGCGGGUCUCAUACAGUGGACCAUCUCUAUGGUUACCUUUUAUGGAAUAAAUAAAGAUGUGUUACCUCUAAAGGCGAAUCUUCUCGUUCAAGAAAAUAAAUAUGAGAAAGCUAACCAAAAUUUGGACGAAGCAGAAAAAUUAUUGAAAGAAAAAGAUGAAGAUUUGAAGCUAGUGCAGAUUGAAUUCGACACCGUCAUGCAGGAACGACAAAUAAUAGUCGAUCAAGCCGCGGCGUGUCAAGCGAAAAUGGAUGUCGCAAGCGCUAUGAUCGAGGGACUAUCUGGAGAAAAAAUGAGAUGGACGGAGCAAGUGGCCAUGUUCAAGUUAGAAAUAGACCGUCUUGUUGGAAAUAUGCUGGUGUUAACUGCGUUUCUUUCUUAUUGUGGGCCCUUCAACCAAGAAUUCCGAGUUCUUUUACAAAGAAAGUGGUUCGACUUUAUACAAGAAAGAAAAAUCCCGAUUUCCGUUACCAUAAAUGUCGUUGGUGCCUUGACGGAUAUAGCUACGAUCGGUGAAUGGAGCUUGCAAGGAUUGCCGACCGACGAACUAUCGGUUCAGAACGGGUUAAUCGUAACAAAGGCAUUAAGAUAUCCUCUUUUGAUCGAUCCACAAUUGCAAGGCAAAGCGUGGGUUAAAAAUAAGGAAAAAGAUUUUUCUUUACAGGUAACAUGGUUAACACAUAAGUACUUCAGAAAUCAUUUAGACGAUUCCAUAUCGUUAGGACGACCGUUGCUGAUACAAGAUGUGGGAGAAGAAAUAGAUCCAGUAUUGGAUAAUCUAUUGGAGAAAAAUUUUAUAAAAAUAGGAACUUCCUUGAAGGUGAAAAUAGGCGACAAAGAAGUGGACGUUAGUAGAGAUUUCAGACUUUACAUUACGACAAAACUACCAAAUCCUUCUUACACUCCAGAAAUAUUUGCUCGUACAUCUAUAAUCGAUUUCACCGUUACGAUGAAGGGUCUAGAAGAUCAACUUUUAGGAAGAGUUAUCUUAACCGAAAGAAAGGAGCUGGAAACGGAGAAAACGCAACUAAUUGCCGAUGUAGCAGCAAAUAACAGAAAGAUUAAAGAAUUAGAAGCGAAUCUUUUGCAUAAAUUGGCAACCGUACAGGGUCCUUUGAUAGAAGAUUUCGAAUUAAUGGCGGUAUUAAACACCACGAAACAGACGGCGGCGGAAGUGAACGAAAAGUUGAAUACCGCGAAAGAUACGGAGUUAAAGAUCGAUACAGCGCGCGAAGAAUUCCGACCGGUAGCAACGCGCGGUAGUGUCUUAUAUUUCUUAAUAUGCGACAUGCCGCAUGUCAAUUGCAUGUAUCAAACAUCCCUCGUCCAAUUCUUAGAGCGAUUCGAUAUCUCCAUGAUCAGAUCCGAGAAGAGUCCGGUGAAUCAAAGAAGAAUAAAUCAUAUCAUCGAAUAUCUGACGUACGAGAUAUUCAAAUACAAAUCACGCGGUCUUUACGAGAUACACAAGUACAUGUUCAUUCUGCUGAUGACACUAAAGAUCGAUCUGCAACGCGGCAACAUCACACACGAAGAAUUCCAAUAUUUCAUUAAGGGCGGCGCAGCGCUUGACCUAAAGGCCGUCGAGCCGAAACCUUGCAAAUGGAUCACGGAUGUGACGUGGCUUAAUCUAGUGGCACUCUCGUCAUUACGACAGUUUCAAUAUAUCGUGUCUCAAGUACCCGCUUCCGAGAAAGUUUGGAAGCAUUGGUUCGACAAAGAGGCGCCGGAGGAGGAAGUUAUACCGGACGGCUAUAACACCCUCGACACGUUUCGUCGAUUGCUCCUAAUAAGAGCUUGGUGCAUGGACAGGGCGCUGUCUCAAUCCAGAAAAUACAUAGCGUCUUCUCUAGGCGUGAGGUACGCCGAACCCGUAAUCACGCUCUUGGACGUGAUGCAUAGCGAGUCGAGGCCGAACACACCGAUGAUCUGUUUCUUAAGCAUGGGAUCGGACCCCACAACCAGUAUCGAGCAAUUCGCGAAAAAAAUGGAGAUCGUUUGUAAAAGCAUAUCGAUGGGGCAAGGUCAAGAAGUUCACGCUCGUCGACUACUCAGCAGCGCGAAAACUGAAGGUUUCUGGGCUUUGUGCCAAAAUUGUCAUUUAGGCUUGGAGUACAUGACGGAACUAGCAAAUUUCAUCUUGGAGAUGGAAGCGCCCCAUCCGAAUUUCCGCGUGUGGAUCACGACGGAACCGCAUAAGGAUUUUCCUGUCUCCUUGCUGCAAAUGUCUAUAAAGUACACGUACGAAGCUCCGCAAGGGGUACGUGCGGGUUUACUGGCGACAUAUAGCGGUAUGAAUCAAGAAAUGUUGGAUCAGUGCGACAUAGCGCAAUAUAUACCGCUAAUAUACACCGUGUCUUUUCUGCACACCGUCGUUCAAGAAAGACGGAAGUUCGGUCCUCUGGGAUGGAACAUACCGUACGAGUUUAAUUUGGCGGAUUGGUUGGCGUCCUGCAUGUUCAUAAAUAAUCACUUGAACGACUACGACCCGAAGCGCGGAAUAAGUUGGCAGACCGUGCGUUACAUGAUAAGCGAAGUGCAAUACGGCGGUCGCGUUACCGACGACUACGACAAGAGGCUGUUGAAUACAUUCGCGAAAGUGUGGUUCUCGGACGCUCUCUUCGCGGAAGGUUUCGUCUUCCACAAGGGUUACCCGCUCUUGACAUUUAAGCAAACGAGCGACUAUCUGAAGGCAAUAGACGCCAUGAGUACCUUAGAUCCGCCGCAAGUAUACGGUUUACAUUCGAACGCAGAUAUCACAUACCAGAGUAACACCACGCAGACGGUGCUGGAUAUAAUAAUAUCCGUGCAGCCGAAAGAGGCGGGUGUCACCGGCGCGGAAUCCCGAGAGGUGGUUGUCGCGAGGCAGGCGAAGGAGAUGUUAGAGAAAGUCCCCCGAGUAUACGACAUGUUUGAUGUGAAGGCUAGAUUAUAUGCGAUGGGACACACCGCUCCGAUGAAUAUUUUCUUGAAGCAAGAGCUCGAUAGAAUACAAAUGGUGAUCAAAUUAGUGCGCGUCUCGCUGAGAGAUCUUCUUCUGGCUAUAGAGGGUGUGAUUAUUAUGAGUGAGGAAUUGCGAGACAUGCUCGAUUGCAUAUACGACGCCAGAAUACCAAAGACAUGGAAGGCUCGGUCGUGGGAAUCGGCUUCGUUAGGAUUUUGGUUCACAGAACUGUUAGAGCGAAAUCAACAGCUCUCGACUUGGCUGUCGAUCGGGAGACCGGUGAAAUUUUGGAUGACCGGAUUCUUCAAUCCGCAAGGAUUUUUGACGGCUAUGAAGCAAGAGAUAACGCGUGCUCGAAAAGGUUGGGUUUUGGAUAACGUUACGCUUCACAAUGAAGUUUUACGUAUUAUGGCAGAAGAAGUUAAGACACCGCCUAUCGAAGGUGUUUAUGUUUACGGAUUGUUCCUGGAGGGUGCCGGAUGGGAUAGAAGAAAUAACCAUUUGUGCGAAUCAGCGAAUAAAGUGCUCUAUGUGUUGAUGCCAGUGAUACAUAUUUAUGCCUUAUACAACGCUCCAGAAAAGAGCCCAAAAUUGUAUCAAUGUCCCGUAUAUAAGAAACCUAAGAGGACUUACAUGUUGUUAGUAACAUCGCUUUGGCUGCAGACUAUAAAAAGCCCCGAACACUGGAUAUUACGCGGCGUCGCCUUGUUGUGCGACAAUAAAUAA